AAAAGAUCCGCCGAAUGCGCGGGGUUCGGUGUGCUCUUUGGUGCCGGCGUCGUCUGUUCUGUUGACUGCGUGGCUUUCAUCGCAGACGAGUCAGCAAAGGCACCCGUGAGGCGCCCCAAUCAGUUUUCUUAGUCAGAUUCUACUGGUUGCUUCCUGCGAGCACCAACAUGAAUAACGUGGCACAUUCCGAGAAACUGCAUUUUGAUACCAAUGCAAUCCACGCCGGUCAAGAUCCCAAUCAAUGGACUUCACGGGCCAUCAUUCCGCCGAUUUCAAUGUCAACUACAUUCCUGCAGAAGUCGCCGGCAGAUCAUUAUGGAUUCGAGUACUCACGCUCGGGAAACCCUACAAGGAACUGCCUCGAAGCAUGCUUGGCGGCAUUGGAGCACGCAGAAUACGCCCUUGCUUAUUCUUCGGGGCUGGCCGCCACACACAAUGUAGCACACCUGCUCCAAGUUGGCGACCACAUCCUCAGCUUUGAUGACUUGUACGGAGGAACAAACAGGUUGUUUCGAACAUGUGUCAUGCCCCGCGGCAUCGACGUUUCGUUCGUGGAUUGCACAGACUUGAAGAAAGUUGAGGCGAACCUCAAACCAAACACAAAAUUAGUCUGGAUCGAGACACCGAGUAAUCCAUUGAUGAAAGUUGUCGACAUCAAGGCCGUGUGCAACCUCGUUAAGCAGAAGUCCAGCGCCCUUGUCGCAGUGGACAAUACAUUCAUGUCUGCUCAUUUUCAGAAGCCUUUACUACUAGGUGCAGAUAUUGUACUUCAUUCCCUUACAAAGUAUAUGAAUGGUCACUCUGAUGUGGUGAUGGGUGCCCUGUGUACAAACCACAAGGACGUUCACGAUAGGCUGCGGUAUUUCCAGAACGCUGCUGGAGCCGUACCGUCUCCAUUUGACUCUUUCUUGGUGAAUCGAGGCUUAAAGACUCUUCACGUCAGAAUGGAGCGUCACAUGCAAAACGGCCUUGCCGUGGCACACUAUCUGGAGAAGCAUCCCUCGGUAGAGAAGGUCCUUCAUCCAGGUCUCCCGUCGCACCCCCAGUACGAAAUUGCCAAGAAACAGUGCUCAGGGUUUAGCGGGAUGGUGUCCUUUUACAUCAAGGGAGGAUUGAAGGAAGGAAAGGAUUUUCUCAGCAGCCUCAAAGUAUUUUCUCUCGCCGAAAGUCUCGGCGGCAUCGAGAGCCUGGCGGAACUCCCAUCAGUAAUGACACACGCAUCCGUGCCUCCGGAGCAAAGAAAGGUUCUGGGGAUUACUGAUAACCUUGUCAGAUUAUCCGUAGGAAUCGAACAUAUUGACGAUCUGAUACAUGAUAUUGACCAGGCACUGAAGAAAGCUGUGAAAUGAAAUAGAUAUGCUACGACUGGCCAAUUACAGCAAAAACUGAAUGAAUUCCCUGCAGUAUUUCACCCGCAACAUCUGUGUCUGUCUCCGAAUUUGUCAGGUGGAGUUGCAGGCUCGUCAACAUCUGGAAAAAAAAAACCACACCAUGUGCCAUUGUGCUCAAAUCUCACACAAUUAUAAUAAAGAGGCUAUCAAACUAAAA